AUGGUGUAUAAUUUCCCACUCCCAACAACGUCUCAUCUCGCUUUUCACAACUAUAUAUACUCCAACACGCACCCCUCCCUCCCACAAGCCGCGUCCACGGCGCGCCAUUCCCUACGCAUCGCACUCAAAACACACAAACGACUCUCGCCACGAGAGCGCGAAAACAAUCUACAGAACAUACUCAAUGCGUUAAACGAAUAUAUACCCUAUCUCUUCGCCAUCAACGAUGGACUAAGCGGGAGAAGCACCAGCACAAAAGGCGGGGGCGGGGAGGGCAAUGAGGACGAAGGCGAGGUCGUCGACAUCACACUCAAGGAGGAAAUCGUCGUGGAAUGGCGACCGAUACUAUCCUCGAAUCUCGCGCUACUCAAGGCCGGCGGAAGCACAGGCACACACGCUGUCCGUGGCCAAGGGAUCGAUUUUGAGAUCGCCUUUGUGAUAGGCACAUUGGGUUAUGUGCUUUCGGGGCUGGCGCGAGUGAUCGUGCUUCGAACAUUGUAUACAUCGCUAACGCCGACGGCCGAGACGCGCGCGGCGGCGAUGCAGAACGCGACGAGGUUGCUACUUCAAGCGAGUGCGGCGCACUCGCUGAUCGCGCGGUCGCAUACGAGUAGUGAAGCGACGCAGAACAUUGCACAGUUGAAUACCGGCGUGCAGACGGCGCUUGCGUCGUUGGCACUUGCAGAAGCGACGUUGUUGGCGGUGUUGAAGGACGAUGCGUAUACGUUUGCCUGUAUACAGUCGCGCAAUCCAGAUGAUAAGGAGUGGAUGGUUCGGAGCCCGGAGAUUCCCAAAGUCAGAGCGUUGCUUUUCGCGCGACUAUGCGUGCGCGGCGCAGAGUAUGCGGAUCAGGCGGCGGCUGGGUUCGGUUCUGCUGCAGGCGCAAGGGGAGGGGUCAAGAUUGAUGAAGAGUUGAUGAAGUAUGCGCAGACAGCCGCGAGGGCUGCUCGUGCGAAGGCUUUUAGGUUUUUUGGUGUGGAUGCAGAGAUGGCAGGGAAGACUGGCGAAGGGAUUGCAUGGUUAAGAGCUGGGAAAGGCGCGUUGGGGGUCAAGAGGGCGAUUGUACAGGGAGGAGAGGCUGGGAAAGGAAGCACGCUAUCGAAGCUCAAGAAGGGGUGGACAGAUCGACGCGACGAGCGGAAAUUGGAGAAGAGUAAUUCUGAAAGCGCUGUUGUUCAAGGAGGGGAGCUUGGUCGAGGGGACGACGCUGGUUGGGAGGAGGAAGGUCGAGUGAUUGAGAUGUUGGAGACGAAGUGGGUGAAAAUGAACGAUACGGUAAUUGCGCAGAUUAUACCACCUUCUGAGCCUCUUCUUUCAAACCUGCCGUCUGGGAGGGAUAUUCAUUCCCCGCCUGCGCCUUAUACGCCUCCAUUGCUAGAUGAGGACCAGCUGAUUCGCAUGCGCGCUCCCCCAGACGAAGCAGAGCAGCAGCUCUCUAGUCUCGCUAUCGAAGACGACAGCGAUGAAGGAGUCGCUUCGUCUGGUGAGAGAGUGCCAGGGUCAUUUCCUGGUACAAGGUCAGCAACAGCUGACAGUAAUUACUUUUAA